AUGCAGGCGGCGCUGUUCCAGCCGCCGCCGGCGUAUAUGGACAGUGAUGACUAUGUGUAUACCCAUGGGCUCGUGCCUCAGUCCUACCUGACCCCCAGUAGCGAUCCGUUGGACCCUAGGGCGGUGAAUACGAAAGCGGUUGCGGACGUGCGCCGGCAACACGUUCGGCGCCUGUACGAUCUGCUGCAGCUCAUGCUGCUUCGGCGCGACGCGCCGCGCGCCGCGCGGUGCCUGCGGUUGCUGAUGAACGCAAAAGAGUGGCGGCCGAUUGAGCUGUGGAAAAUGGGGCUUGAAGUCGUGAUGCUGCCUGGCAGCACGCGGCAGCCGCUGCGCUACCUGCAACAACUCGCUCGGACACGAGCCGUGCUGCGUCCCUAUCUCCUCCCGCUCAUGGUCCGCGAGAUGAUUGCCGCGGGAAAAUACCACGACGCGCUCGAAGAGCUCAACAGCGUCAUUGCCGCCUAUCCCUAUCGACACAAUCCUCAGCUGCAUGCCUACCUCGGCCUCUUGACACUCUAUCUCGGCGCCCUGUCGCCGACGGCUGACACUGCCAGCCCGUAUACCAGCCUCUUGGCACCUACCGAUACCACGCCCGCCGUCUCUCCCUCGGUGCGCCGCUCGGCGCGCCUGCACUUUGAAAAUGCCGUCAAGGUCGCGAGCCGCUAUAUGGCGAUGCAAAACUUUGCGUUCCAGCACCGCAUGCGCAUGCAUACCCAGCGCCACGCGCGCCUCUCUCGCUUCGCUGCAAACCACCGCGAGCGCAUGUGGCGCUCCCUGCGUGAGGACGGCUGGAUCUUUGGCCAGGACACGCCGGAGCCCACGCCUGCCCAACGGAGCACGCCCCCCACCGAGGACACGGAAGAAGAGUCGGAGGCGGACGAAGGCACGCUGCCCCAGGCGAGCUACUUCACCCUGGAGUCGGAAGUGGAAUCCGGUUUUACGUCCGAUGAUCCUGAUUCGUCACCGCCGCCCGGUACGGUCGAAGGUCCUGCACCCCUUCCCAGGGACUCGCCACGUACCACUACCCCCGAGCUGACCGAGGAAGGUGUACCGGAGGCGCCGGAGGACGCCCCCGAGAUUCACCUGCCUUCGGUGCAAUGGUCCGUGCAUGUGGCGCAAUUGUAUUUGGAAAGCCUCGCGCCCUAUGGCCCCAGCGUGCCGCGCGCCCACCGGCGUCCGUAG